AUGAAGGAUUUAGAACUCGCAUCACUGGAUGAGUCCAUCUAUCGCUGGCUCGAGUCUCUAAGCAACUCGUCAUCGCAAGAUUCUCAAGCUGCAAAAGUAACCGGGCCACUUUGCGAUCAGCCGAGACUCGACUGGGGCAACAUGCCAACGCCUCCGCUCUCUUCAUCAACGCCUACUCGUGACAGUUCUCCCCCCAAAAGAGCGCGCGUAGAUGAACCAAUUUACAACCCGGAUAUCCACCAAUUUGAGACUCAGACACCAGAUAGCGACAGCCUGUUCGACAACGACAAGACGCCCAAUGCCUUGCCACGAGCCAGAACGAUCCCUUCAUACAACUUAUCUGCUAUACCCAGUCUUCGGCAAACCCCCAGCCAAUCAUCUACCAAUGCAUCCUCUCACCGAUCUCCCUCGCGUGCGUCCACCAACAGAUCCGCCAGUCCUGUCAAACGUUCCACCCUCGAGCUUCUCAAAAAGCCGCUCCGCUAUGUCCCCAUAGAGGACGAUCCCACUGAGCAACUCCCUGACGACAUUGCCUCUCUCUUCGAUAGCAUCAUCAGUAUCACUCUACACCGAGAAAGGUUUCUGCCUAGUUCACUCCGUCCAGAGUUGACAGCGCUGCAUCGUAAGGGCAUGAUCAGACCUGGAUGGUAUUUCGACGUUAAUAAUAAUGAGGCAACGAACCGAUACAGUAGCGAACUUGCUGCACUUUGCAAUUUCCAAGAGGCGGCCAAGACUUGUAAGAGCGAGGAGGCUUCAGAGGCGACGUGGAAUCUCGAGGUCCAUGCUCCAUUGCUGAAGCUGGCCUUUGAUCCUUUUCCUUCACUACGUAGGGAUCUUCUCACGGCAGCACGCAUCAGCAAACCAUUUCUUCCCGAGAUGCAGGCCGCCACCAUGUAUGAUUAUACGCGUGCCAAGAUGGUAGACCUGGGCGUUCGCAUAUGUCCACCGUCAGGUAUCACACAAACCAUCCAACAAGCUCUUAUAAGCUUACCGGAUAACCAGCGUUGUAUCAACCAGACCGUCUAUGGGCCAGUUAGAAAGGACCCUAUCGCCAUGGUUAUUGAAACAAAGAUUGCGGCAGGAGAUUUGGAAGAGGCGAGGCUUCAGUUGGGGAUCUGGGUUGCAUCGUGGCACCAGCGCAUAAAGAUGUUAAUUGGAACUUCCUCAACUAGAGCUGCUACCGCUCCCAUUGUCACUCUGCCUUUGAUAAUUGUCAUGGAACAUAAGUGGCGUUUGCUGUUUGCGUGCGAUAGGCAGGACAGAAUUAGCUGCGCUGAUCCAGACUUACUGCAGGAAAUCCUUGAAGAUGUGGCGAUAGGAAGCACAGACAGUCUCAUUGGAUUAUACACAAUUAUGGCGACCUUGCGGUUAAUCGGCGCCUGGAUGCAAGAUAAAUAUGUGACUUGGCUUGGGGAGGCGUUCGGCCAUCUGAACUCAGCGACAUAG